CGGGGCCGGGGCCGAAGAUGGCGGCGCGGUGCGGGUGGUUCGCGGGGCUGGCGCUGGUGGCGCUCGGGGCGCUCGGGGCGCUGCGGGCCGAGCAGACCGAGGAGCACCUGAAACGGGAGCACUCGCUCUCCAAGCCCUACCAGGGUGUGGGCGCCUCGAGCUCGGGGCUGUGGGACCUGCAGGGCAACGCCAUGGUGAUGCCGCAGCACAUCCGCCUGACCCCCGACCUGCAGAGCAAGCAGGGGGCCCUGUGGAACCGAGUGCCGUGUUACCUCCGAGACUGGGAGAUGCAGGUGCAUUUUAAGAUCCAUGGGCAAGGCAAGAAAAACCUGAACGGGGACGGCUUUGCCAUCUGGUACACCAAGGACCGCAUGCAGCAAGGACCUGUCUUUGGAAGCAAGGAUAACUUCUUGGGUCUGGGAGUGUUCGUGGACACCUACCCAAACGAGGAGAAGCAGCAGGAGGCUCAGAAGAGGAGGUACAGCCCGGGAAAUCAGCGUGUCUUCCCCUACAUCUCAGCCAUGGUGAACAACGGCUCCCUCACCUACGACCACAAUCGGGAUGGGCGGCCGACGGAGCUGGGGGGCUGCACAGCCAUGGUGCGCAACCUCAACCACGACACCUUCCUGGUGAUCCGCUAUGUGAAGAGGAGGCUGACGGUCUUGAUUGAUAUCGACGGUAAACAUGAGUGGCGAGACUGCAUCGACGUGCCAGGCGUACACUUGCCCCGUGGCUACUACUUUGGGACCUCUUCUGUCACCGGAGACCUGUCAGACAACCAUGACAUCAUUUCGCUGAAGCUUUACCAGCUGACGGUGGAGCGGACGCCAGAGGAGGAGAAGCGGGACAGGGAGGUGUAUCUGCCGGUUGUGGACAACCUGAAGCUGCCAGGAAUGGAGGCACCGCUGGAGCCCAUGAGCGGCCUGGCUCUCUUCUUAAUCGUCUUCUUCUCCCUUGUUGCCAUCGUUUUUGCUAUUGUCAUUGGAAUCAUCAUCUACAACAAGUGGCAGGAGCAGAGCCGGAAACACUUCUAUUGACUUGGGGAAACCCCAGGGUGGCCCGUUGCUGGUCGUUGUUAGCCACAUCCUGGCUCCCACCCAUCCUGGCCUGGCCAGGGCGUGAUGGACCCCGGCGGGGACCCUCGUGUCCUCCCACAAACCCCAGCGGGGGUGGCUGCUGUUUCUUGUCAGACUCCAGAACUCUUCUGCCGUUCCCGGUGGGAGUGGGGGAUCCGCAGCAGGGUGUGCGAUGGGAGCAGAGUGCUGCGGGGCUGGACUUGCUGUCCCCGAUGGAUCUUUGAACGGAGGAUGAGUUGUGCUGUGGGACACUGGCAGCGCUGAGCUGUCUCUGCCAUCUGAGGAACCCGAACGCAGGCAAGAGUCACCCCCUUGGGUAGGAGUAACCCCCUUGUUGUGAAAUCCCAGCUGCUUUCCUCACCAAACUCCCACCAUAACCACUCACAGUGUUACCGUGACCCUCACAACACCUUGUCUCAAGUGGUUUCACGUCCAGGAGGGAUUUUCCAAGCUGCUUGUUCUGCUCCGGCUGUUUUCUGUUGCUUGCGUUGGGCUGUCUUAAGAGACUGGCCUCCUUUUCCUUGGAAUUUGAAGUCCCUGCUGCCACGUCCUGCCGUGUUUUGGGGCAGAGGAUGCUGAUAGCUUUUGCUGGCGGGGCUGGGAACCUGCCUGGCUGCUAGGCUGAGCCCUUGGCAAGCAGCUGGUUCCCUCCAGCGUGGACCUGGGGCAGCCCCAUCCCUGGUUUGGGCUGGAACGCCAUGUUUCCCAUCUUCAACCAUUUGCUGCUGCCUCUCGGGGCCUGUCCCUGCUCCGUAGGGUUGCUGCCGAGCAUGCCGCCUCCGCACGCCUCCUGUUACGCCACGGCCUCCUGCACUGUUUGCAUGUCGUGUCGUGGCUUCUGGCAGCGUCCCGGUGCCCCAGGGUCCCUCUGAGGAGGACCUGAGCCUCCGGGGCGAUUCCCUUGCCUCUCAGAGUCGGAGUUCUUGCUGCCUUUCAGGGAGUUGUGGUUUAUUCCUA